AACACGGUUGUACAGGGUGUUCCCCUGGAAAGCUUCGAGGCGAUGUAUUUUUGAGAGGCGCGGGGGAAUGAAACGAUGCCAUGAUUAUCGAAAAUAAAAACCGAAAGCCCUACUCUCACUGCCCUCCCCAUCCACUGCCAUUGCCACUUUCACUGCGACAUUGAUUUUGUGUUUGUUGCGAAGAAGUAGCUGGUAAUCGAUAUAAUCCUACAUAGAGCGCCCUCUCUGCCCUGUAAGCGAUGCGCCAUUCUAGGCUGGUAGAACGACGACGACGACUACUGCUCCCUAGUCACCAUGCCCACUACGCCUCUACAAGGUCGAUACACAUCCAAGCAAGCCGCAGGAAGUUCGGUUACGACUGUUUCCUGCGGUAUUUAUUACUGCUGUGUGUGUGUACGACGUCCCCGACGAACGGGGGUCCCCUGUACUUCAACUUCUUACUAAGAAGGCAACCAACCGGAAAGUUCAACCAUCACGCGGCACUGUUGGUAGGAAAUAAACUUUCUCGCGGACAGGGAAGGGGGGGGGAGAGUAGUCCUCCUGAUAGGAAUGGUACUUGGCUAAAGCUUCUUCGCUAUAAAGCCUCGAACGAAUCACCCCUACCGGCGGAUCACUUCCAGUUACGUGACCGGAAGCAGUUGCCGGCAAGCGGCAAGGCUGUAGCAGUAGCCUGCCAACAGAGAGGAAAGGAUUCGAUUUUCAGAACACGGAUACCUCGGAACACGGAAAACGCUAUAUAAUCCACUUCCGGCCUUCGCUGCAAUCGACGGAUCAGGUGUAGCUGCUCCUCGUAGCGUAAGGCUCCGGUGUAUCGGUGUUUCGAAAUUCCAACGGCAAAGCAACCGCAACGACCACCCGUCCCCGUCCACAAAAGGUCGUUGGAUUGGAAAACGGAUUUUAGCCGAGCUUUGCGCUUAACGAGCAUCAUCAUCAGCACUGCGCCGCGCUGCGGCAAUUGGGUGGAGCUGGUGGAUGUUUGGUAGAUUAUCGUGGGGUUUGCUGCUAGACGGAUGGGUCCAGCGGUCGGUGUACGGUUUGCUUAGGAACCCGAUGAAUUGCGUUUUAAUGUGAAAUACGCUCCGCUGAAUGUCAUUUGAAGCACAGUAAUCAAGCGCGAUGAGAAACGCGAUCUCACACUUGGUGUCCCAUUUAGGGACAAACAGUGCAACCAUCAAAUUGGAUAGUGGUGCAUGGAUUUCAAUCACAAGUGAUGAAGUUGUUCAUAGGUUAGUCUUCCUCCUCGUCUAUUCGUGCAUUCGUUCCACUACCAGUGACGAAUCGAAAUGCAGCACAGAAUAUCGUGACGCUUGCACACUCAACACCUUCACCAUCGGUAAUGAUAGCUGGAUCGACCAGCUACAAACGGUCACAUCGAUUGGUAAGCCGAAAACCACGAUCAUUAAGCGAUGCCUUCUAACGGAUCCUGUUGCCGUUCAAAACGUCAUGGAAUUGGCCAGCAAGCUGUUCACCGAACUCUCCGUCCAAAGCUACCACGAACAGGCGCUCUCCUUAACGCCUCGUUUGGCCAUUGAGACGCUGGAGCUGCUUUCGGCACCGCCACUAAAGCGGCUUACCAUUCUGCCCAACCCUCACCUGCGAUCGCUGUACAUCGUUAACAGUGCCGUGCGCCACAUCCCCGAAACGAUCGUCAAUCUGAGUAAUCUACAGUUUCUCGGCAUUGAAAAAUCCUUCCUACGCCUGCUAGACCUCAGCGUGCUGUGCUAUCUUCCCAGGCUGACCACACUGCAGGUGUUGCGGAAUCACAUCAGCUUACUACUGCCCGUGCAUGAGUCUUCCUGUGUUAGCUCACUACGCGAUCUGCACCUGGAUUACAAUCAGCUUACCACGCUGGACAUUGCCGUGCUUGCCCCAUUUACUGCACUGCAGCGAUUGCUUCUACAGCACAAUCGUAUGCAUUCGCUCUUUGCCUCGCAACCCACUUCCUUCCCACUGCUCCAAGAGCUACAGCUAGGACCGGGCAACAACUUUACGUGGAUUGAAUUUGAGCAGCUAAAUCUUCCGGAGACACUGACCGCCAAUCUACCAGGCAAUCAGUUUCAGCAGCUACCUACAAUUAGGAGCGCAAACCUGCCCAAUCUGCAGCGUAUUUACCUGGAUGGCAAUCAGCUCAGCACGAUCGAUUUGGCACAGUUGCAGGAGCACCAGCAGCUAAAUGGGGUUGAUUUCUCCCGCAAUCGAUUGCACACGGUUACAGCUAGCGAGCUGACACAUUUGCCCAAUCUAACAUCGAUUGAGCUGGUGGAUAAUAUGCUCGAGUCGUUUUCGCUAGCCAACUGCACCUUUCCUCAGCUGAACUACCUUUACUUGAAGGGCAAUCGGUUGCAGUUUGUGCCGGCAGAGGUGUACACGAGCGAGCUGUCGCCGACGUUCAUGCUGAACUUGGAAAAGAACCCAUUACGUUGUGCAUCGGUGCAGAGGUAUUCAAAUCUAAUAAGCAUUACCACUAUCAAUCCACCACUGAUAGUCACAAUUGCGCGAAAGUGUGCAACAAUGAACUACAACGGCUCAAUGUCGUUGAAUAAGUGGAAUUCCGCUUGCUGUAUAAACGCACCUUGAGGUGAGGCGAUCUUUCAAAAGGAAGCAAGACAGCAAGACGGCGAUGUUAUUGUCCAAAGUGUGAGCUGUAAUAAAUGAUUUAAAUUCGGAUAAUAUAAUUGUGUUCUGAAUUGUUUUGUUACUGAAAGACAUGAUCAUUCUACGGUGACGAUCAUUUGAUCUACGUUGACGAUCAUUCAUCAUAACAUAUGAAGUAACAACUAUCACUUCAUUCUGUGCUACAGCAGCUUGCAAUUGCUUCUGUGCCGCAGGGCUAACUUGCAAAAUAUGCUAUACUGAACACAGUUGGUACAGUUGGCCGGUCUGGCGGUACAGUCGUCAACUCGUACGACGUAACAACAUACCC